CUUUUCACUCUCGACCGCGACAACGACUUAAGUAGAACUUGUCAUCGCUGUUCGUCAUGUUUGUCUCAGCAGCAUUCGUUCUUUCUCUCGCCUCGCUCGUUACCGCUCAGCCCACCAACCCCACCCUCGAGAUAGAGGCCAUCCAGGCCCACUUCUCCAACGCCGGCCUCGUCCCCUCCCUCCUUCCCACCUUCGCCCCCACCGCCUUCUUCAACCUCUCCUACUCAGGCGUGGGCACCAUCUCUCCCGGCCAAAAGCUGACCAAAGACCAGGUUUCGCCGACGCCCCAGCUCACCGUUAUGCCCGCCAACGACACUGUCAAGCUGGAGGGAAACUACACGCUCGUCAUGGCUGAUGCUGAUGUUGUCGGUACUGAUGAAUCCAAAGGACAGACCCGCCACUGGCUGGUCAAUGAUGUCACGCUCACCGGCUCGUCUCCCUUCAAUGUGUCCACAGCAUCCGGUCUGGCGGUCACAGAGUAUGCAGGACCCGCUCCAGCGUCGGGCAGCGGUGCCCAUCGCUACGUCAUCCUGCUCCUUCCCCAAGGCUCCGACUUCACUCCUCCGGCGAACCUCUCGACGGCCAACGUCGGCGUCUCCGUCUUCAACCUCGAGGACUACAUCUCAACCAGCAAGUUGGGUGCUGCCGUCGCCGGCACGUACAUUACCGUGGAAGAAGGCACAGCUACGGCCACUCCCUCUCCAACGUCCGCGGUCGUGACAUCGACUCUGCCCGCCGCCCACGCGUCAACGGCCGGUGCGUCCGGUACCGCGAGUAGCACCGCUAAAACGACCGCCAGUACGGGGAAUGCAGCGAUGAGCGCGCAGGGUCUUAGCACGCCCUUGGCCCUCCUCGCCGCCGCCUUCGGUAUCAUCAUGAUGUAGGACCAUUGCCCUGUAAAGGAUACCUGCCUCGCCUAUUAAUGAAUCCAUCCUAAUAAACC